GGGACUGAAAACCAAGUGAGGAGAUGAAGGAUUGCACCGUACUGCAGCGUGCAGUACAGAGAGGAUAGAGACCACAGAUAGAUCUGACCAUCAGCCAAAGAACAGUUGUACAACUGUGAGAAGACAUCUCAUCCCUUCACAGCAUUACUCAACACAGAGAAGGGUGGCUCUGAAACCAUCAUCUGGAAAUUGGUUGGAUCAGGAGGGCUUUAGCACAUCAUGAAUCACUGACUCACUGCUACAGGUGUGAGGCUGUUCAAGUCAAAGGUCUGUGAGAAGGGCUUCUGAGGUCUGCGCACAGACAAGGUACAUUUGCUGUAAAACUGUUAAUGCAAGGGCGGUUACAUGAAAGAGAAACCAUUCAAGUGCGUGGUGUGCAACCGAGCUUUUGCAAGGUCAUUGACACUCACAAAUCACCAACGUAUUCACACGGGGGAGAAACCUUUCAAAUGUGAGGUGUGUAACAAAAGCUUCACACAAUUAUCGGGCCUGCUGAAUCACCGGCCCAUUCACAGAGGGGAGAAACCAUUCAGAUGUGAGGUUUGUGAGAAAUCCUUUUCACAGUCAUCCAGCCUCCUUGUGCACCAACGCAUUCACACCGGAGAAAAGCCAUUCAGAUGUGAGGUGUGUGAUAAAGCAUUCUCGACAUUAGGGGAACUGCGUAAACACCGACGCAUUCACACAGGGGAAAGACCAUUCACGUGUGAGGUGUGUGACAAAUCAUUUUCACAGUCAGAGAAUCUCCACACACACAGACGCAUUCACACAGGGGAGAGACCAUUUAGUUGCAAGGUGUGUGACAAAUCAUUCUUAAGGACAGAGAAUCUUCGUAAUCAUCAACGCAUUCACACAGGGGAGAAACCAUUCACGUGCGAAGUAUGUAACCAGAGCUUUACACAGUUGUCGGGUCUGGUGCAUCAUCGGCCUAGUCACACGGGCAAAAAAUCAUUCACAUGUGAUGUGUGUGACAAGUCAUUCUCGCAGUCAUCAACUCUCCGUGAACACCAACGUAUUCACACAGGGGAGAAACCAUUCAGCUGUAUGGUGUGUCACAAAUCAUUUUCACGGUCAGGGAACCUCCGUACACAUCAACGUAUUCACACAGGGGAAAAACCAUUUAAGUGUGAGGUGUGUGACAAAUCGUUCACUCAGUCAUCAAUUCUCCUCGUUCACCGACGUGUUCACACAGGGGAGAAACCAUUCGUGUGUGAGAUGUGUGACAAAUCAUUCUCAAGGUCAUGGAGCCUUCUCCUCCACCAGAAAGUCCACACUGGGGAGUAAACAUUUAAGUGUGAUGUUUAUAAUGAAGGUUUUGCAAUGCUUCUGACCACCUGGAAAAACAGAAUUCGCAUCACACUGGAGCUCAUCAGGUGCAAUGUUUGUGGGGAGGUUUUCCCACUGUCAAAUUAUGCCCUGAUCCGUCAAUGCACUGACACAGGGGAGGAAGCCUAGCAAUAUGAGAUCUGUAAUAAAUCCUUCACACAGUUGUUGGACUUCCUGGAACAUCAAUGUACCUACACAGAGAACGAUGCAACCACAUUCUUAUCAGUCUGUCCUGAGUGUGUGAACUUGUACGCAGUUCUCAUUCUGCAGGGUGUUCAGUGGGACUGGGACACAGAACAAGCAGCAGCUUUCACUCCCGUCAAACUAGUGAUGACAUCACCAGUGCUGAGGGAUGAUGAUGUAACAAUGGAGUCACCCUGCAGUGUGAUGUCAGUGAAACAGGACUUGGAGUAACCCCCAUGCAGUGAGGACAACCCGCUGUGUUUGUAUCCAGAGUAUUAACAAACUGAACAAAACUAUGCAGAUUAAGAAAGAAACCUAACUCCUUGUCUUGGUUUGUGAACUUUUCAGCCAACACCAUUUGGGAGAACAAAGGUUCUGGUGGAAUCUGACCACAAGCCAAUUCAAAACAUUUUUCUGACUGCAGGCUGUCGUCACUAGUUGCGCUGGCCAGGGUGCAAACAUUCAAUAAGAGUGAGCUCACUGGGCAACUAUGUAGAAACAUUGUCACCUUGAUCAUACACACUGAAAGUGAAUGACCAGACUUGUUUUGGCAACCACAGACAUCUAUGUGCAAUUGGAGAUGCUGCUUUUGACAGCACAGAACUAGUGCAGAACUGAACCACCAUCAAUCCCAGGGGUCAAUUAUUUCCCAAAAAAUACUGCAGAUCAGCAACAACAACACUCACCUCAGCAAUGCCAUUCAUCUGAGAAACAACAGCAGAUACUGGAUGAACAACUAAUAUGUGUACUCUAAGACUUGAAUGGUUCAAAGGUCACAUGUGGAAAAUGCAUAGAGAAGCAGAUAAAAUUGGAACAGAUGAGAAAGAACAAACAGGAUUUAUACAAAUAUUUUUCUUGUAGAGUAACUUGCAAACAAAACUAAAUAUUUUUCUAUGAAUUAACGAGAUGUUUUGAGAAAUACCUUCAAAGACACCAUCUUGCCAUAUGAAAUUGAUAUCAGAUAUCAUAUAUAAAUAUAGCUUUGAGCGCAGUAGCGUUUUCUAUACCAUGUGGAACACUGAUUAAAAUGCAACUUCCUUGACAUAUUUCUGAAGCAAUGAAUUUCCUGAAGCUUGGGAAAUUGACCUAUGAAACAGGAAUUACUUUGUUAGGUAGAUCUGAUGGGAAUUUAAACCAGUCAUUGUCUUAUCUGAAUAAAACCUCAUGAAUUGCAGCUGUUGUCUCAGUUCCCCUGGUAAAUGUUUGACAGAGAUUUUUAGGGUAGGAAUAGCAUUCUUCAUCCAUGGAGGCUUUCAAACAGACAGCAUCAGUAUGGGGUGUGUAGACUUAGAUGUGUUUGACAGCAGAAGAGGAAAACCUGCAGCAUCCAAGGCAGUGAUGAUGUGGAGUAGUGGGAGCACAGAAGAACAGUGUAGGAAUGAGGAACAAGGGAAGAGUGGAGAUACAAGAGAUUUACUAAGUACAGAGGGAGCAGGAGCAAUUUCUUUUGUUCUUCUCCUCCUUCAAUCUCUGCUCCCUUCUGCAUUGUCUUGCUUUUGACCUCUCCUUCUUCCACAACCCACUCUCUUUUGCUCCGUCUAAUAGUAUAAAAAUGAGCAAUAGACAGAGACUGUGCCAUUUUAAAUUCUAUCAUUAAAUAAAGCAGAAACUGUAUUUGACAUUAUUGAAGUAACAAAGUCAUGAAGACAAAGUGAGACUGUUUUAACUGUUGCACCUGUUUAUGUGGCACAACUGAAAUAAACUAUUAAAUAUGGGCUUGGAAUAUCCUGAAAUCAGCGCUGGUCAUGACCUGCUGAAUGGAAUCGCGAAUAUGGCCGACUGUUGUGACCUGAACACCCAAAAACCUGAGUGUAAUUUGAAGAGUCGCCUCAAACUGCCCCAACCAGCAGAAUCUCACCACUUGCAUUAUUCUAUUCUAUCUGGAGCCAAGGUUUGAUUUUGAGAGUUGCUGUUGCCUAAUAUAGGCAAGUUAUAGAGU